UUUUUUUCCCGGCCCAAUAGGAUUGAACGUCUCUGUUUCGUCCAAAAGAGGGAGUCAAGUUUCUUAUGCAGCAGUUGUGCCCACUUUCACAACACAACUCCAGAGCGCACUGACCGGAGAGAGAAAGGGGGGUGAGAAAUAUUGUUUGACGACUGUUUUCUCUCACAGUGGGUACGGAGACUCAUAGGCUCAUAGCCUGUCUGCUGUGGGAGCGUCAGUCCGUGGGUCAGUUUGCCCUUGAGCCCUCACCUCACAACUUUGCUGUCUGUUUGCUGCAGCAGAAGAGCAAUCGGCUUCAUGAUCUCAAGGGAGCUCCCAUUUUUUCCACACCUGGAUUAACCCAAGGCGACGUUUUCUUUUUCUUCCUCUUCUUCUUGCUUUCUCGUUGUUAUUUUUUUUUUUAGUUUAUUUAUUUUUAUUUUUUUUAUUUUUUUUGCAACGGAGAAACUCGGACAGAAUGUUGUGGAAACUAGCUGACAACGUAAAAUAUGAAGAAGACUGUGAGGAAAGGCAUGACGGCAACAGCAAUGGGAACUCCCGGCUGCCUCACCUGCCAGCGGUCAGUCAGCACCUCUAUAGCCCGUCUCCUUCCCUCUCACACUCGGCUGGUUCAGACUUCCAGCCCCCGUACUUUCCACCUCCGUACCAGCCCAUCUCCUACCCCCAGUCCACCGACCCAUACUCUCAUCUCAGCGACCCGUUCAACAUUAACUCCAUACACCAGUCGCCUUCGUCGAACCAGCAGCAGCCGUCCUGGCCCGGCCGGCAAGGCCAGGACGGACUCGGGAGGAGCGGACUGGCGAGCCAAAUCUUGGGCCUCGAGGGAGGCUCGUCCGGGGUGAGAAGAGAGGGGUUCCGGCGGCCGGAGCUGCUGCCCCCGCACAGCCUGGACUCUUCUGUUAUUGGUGAUAAUAUGGGAAUUCAUGACAUGGGCCCUGGACUGGAAGACGUUCAGCAUGUAGAUGACCACAGUAUUAUUAUGCCAGAUCAGACAGUCAUCAAAAAAGUAUUAGGACUACGAGGUGGCAGGAACCUUGAUCGCAUACAGAGGACUUAUUAUCAGGGGGGCUUUCUUGCUGGCCCUGUCACAUUACCGAAAGGCAACACGCUGGGCCUUCCCUUCCAGAAAGAGUCACUGCUGGGCAUGGUAUCAAACCCCACAGAGGUGUUCUGCUCCGUACCGGGCCGCCUUUCCUUGUUGAGCUCCACAUCCAAGUACAAGGUUACUGUGGCUGAAGUCCAGAGGCGUUUGUCACCCCCGGAGUGCCUGAACGCAUCACUCCUGGGAGGAGUUUUACGCAGAGCCAAGUCAAAAAAUGGAGGUCGUUCUCUGCGAGAGAAGCUGGAUAAAAUUGGGCUUAAUUUGCCUGCUGGAAGAAGGAAGGCGGCCAAUGUCACUCUACUUACCUCACUUGUAGAAGGUGAAGCUGUUCAUUUAGCAAGAGACUUUGGUUAUGUAUGCGAGACUGAGUUUCCUGCAAAGGCAAUAGCUGAAUACUUGGGCAGGCCCCAUGUGGAGCGCAACGAGGUCAACUCUCGCAAGAACAUGCUCCUCGCUGCUAAGCAAAUCUGCAAAGAAUUUACUGACCUGCUCACACAGGACCGGUCACCGUUAGGAAACUCAAGGCCGGCGCCCAUCUUGGAGCCUGGAAUCCAGGGCUGCCUGACUCAUUUCAGCCUCAUCACUCAUGGAUUUGGUUCUCCAGCCAUAUGCGCUGCAAUGACCUCCCUCCAGAACUACCUAAAUGAGGCGCUCAAACAAGUGGACAAGAUGUACUUGAGUUCUGGCAGUGAAACCCAGGGAUCCUCGGAGAGCGGGAGCAAGUCCACUGACAAGAUGGACAAGCACAGGAAAUGAGAGCUCAAAAGGAGAAAACCUGAAUUUCACAAUCACAGAAUACACUCAUUCUUGCUGCCCUCUCCCUGUUUUGGACUUUUUGAAACUUAUCUUUAGUAUUACCAUUUUGAGAGCUUAUUUUGUAUGUGGGUGUGUAUGUGUGCUUCCAAUGUAAAUGUAUAUUUCUACAAAACUUUGGAUUUGUCACAGAUGGCUACACGUCGGUAAGUGCUGACUCCAAAUAGGGAAUUCUGUGGACUCGGCUUUUUGGGAGCUGCUUCUGUGAUGGUUAAACAUACCAUCAAACAAUAGCGAUCCAGUUCCAUAAAAUUCCAACUCAACUACAGUUUUCUUUAAAGGGGGAUGGGAACAAGUGCAUUCAGUUUUUUUUUUUCUAGUGGACAUCAUCUUAAGAUGAGUUGCAAUGGCUGUGAAUUCCACUCAGCACCCCUUCUCCUUGCCCUCCCCCUUCAGUCUGGAGGCAAAUCCACUGAUUUCCUGUGUCUCAAUGGACCUGCAAAGGACAAUUUUUAAGUGUGUGUGUGUUGUGUGUGUUUAUGUGUGAGAGACAGACAGAAAGGAAGAGACAUAGCGAAAAAAUGAGAUACAAAAAUACACUCUGUUGUCUUUGUUUUUGUAUUAUUAUUAUUAUUUUGUACACCCCGCUCUGACUCCAGUGUUAUCAUGCUUUGCUUAAUGGGAGACAUUUGAGUCUGGCAAGAAUUUUUCAGUCAGUGCUCAUUCACAAAUCAGAGACUUUAAAGAUGCUACAAAAGACGCCUUGUAAGUGUUUGUGUGGAUGACAGGCAUUCACACAAUUCUGUUCUCCAACAUUAGUGUUUGAAAGCAUGAGGUAACAUCAGCCAAAUAUCAAUCUUACUAUGAAUGCGUGUCGUAAGAAUGUGUGUACUUGUACAUAUUUCUUUCUUUUAAAAUGUUUUUAACUAGACAUUAAAUUCAAAAUGUCAAAACAUAGAAUUUUAUUCAAUUUGUUUUCCUGGAAUGUAAAUAUAUAUUUUUUAAUUUAUGUUGUAAUUUAAUGGGUUUGUGUAAAUAAUAGCAUCAUUGAGGUAUAUGGUCUAACUUUUUACAGGAUGUGUUAGAAACUUUUUAAAAUGGGUUAGAUUUUUUUCUCAAGUAGAGUUUAGGAAAUGGGCAUGAUUUGCCUUUUUUGUUAAAGAUGUAAAAAAAAAUGUUUCAAAGUUCCAGGAUCAAAUACAAAUAAAAAAUGAAAGCCUGAAGCCAGAUCCGGUGUGCAAGUGAUGUUGCCCAGAUCACAGAAACACACAUUUCCCUUUUUAUGGCCUAGUUUCUCAGCAAUAGUUCACAGAAAAUGGUUAAGUCAUGUGUUGGAAGAUUUCCCUGUAGAUAAACAGCCAAAGAAAAUUCCCCCUACCAAACUAAUGCGAACAGUAGUCAUCAUUAUUUGCUCUCAGUUAGCUUCACAAAUAGGCUGUGUAGCUCAUUGAAGGCGUAGACCUCAACAGCGCAUCAUGUGAGGGACAAAGAUGUGUUGUGGAGAGCAGGCAAACGACUUGUUUAUUUUUGAACUAAGAAAAUGGUUGAUGGUGAUUUUAUCUGAAAUUUUCUUGGCUUCUUGUUGCUCAGGUAGUUCGGCUCCCAUGUUAAUCUGGAUUUCAAAAGUUACUUUUAAAGAAAGGCCCUCAUUCUUAACAACUUUAAUUUAUCUCAGUAAAUUAAAGUAUAUUGGCAUGAAUUUUUAUAAAUUGUGUUAUAUAAGACAAAAAGCAUAGACAAUGAUGUACAAGUUCAUCUCAAUACAUUAGAAUGUUGUUGACAAGUUUUUUUUGUAUUAUUUCAGUAAUUCAGGUCAAAAACAGAAUUUAGUAUAUUCUGUAGAUUCAAUACACAUAGACUAAACUGAAUAAACCGAAACUGAAAACAGACUAAAAUACUCAAAGUGUGUAUUUUAUGUUAUUUUUUAUAAUUACAAAACACACCAAAUGAAACCUCAAGUUCUCCUUCUGAAAAUUAUUUUUUACACAGCAUUCUGUUUAAAAACAGAAUGCGAGUCUAGUGAAAAGUAUGUCCAUGUAACGAGCAUGGUCAAGGCUCCUUCUCCAAGAGUCAAAACAAAUUUGUCUUUAGCAGUGCGUAUGCCUAUUGCUUGUCUACCUUUUUUUUCCCCCUUUCACUAAACUACCAUAUGGAUGCAUAACAUAUUAAUGGAUUAUGACAUAAUAUUUGUGCAAUAAAAAUAAUUAUUUAAUUGGUAUUAUUCAAAGGCAAAUAUUCAAAUGUCUGAAACAAAAAUUUGUGCCAAGUUGGAGGUCGCAAUUAUCCAAAUUAACAGAAUAGAAUGCUUGAAAUAAAACUCACUCAACGCAAUAAAUCUUUAUAACGUCCUUUAACUUUUUGAAUUGAGUUACUGAAAUAAACAGCUCAUUGCGAUGACAUUAUAAUUAUUGAGAUGCACAGUCUCUAAAAUCACAUCAGCUGCAACUUUACUGGUUACAUUGCAUAAGUUCAUUCUUUGUGUCAGAAAGUCAUCUAUGUUACACGUUGGUUUUUAUGCAAAAAUUUAAACUAAAGCAACAAAAAAAUACCUGAUACUUCAGCCACAUGUUGCAAAAAGGUUUGCAAUGUUGAAGGUUUUCCUGAGUUACAGUUUUAAGAUACAGCAAACAUGUAUUGUCAAGCUAAUGUGGCGCCUCUCCUUUUCUACUCCGUUGUUGUUUCAGUGUACUGCUACAAGUUUCCCCAUACUGUUGAGAGCACCUUUGAUGUCUGUGAGAGACUGAUGAAAAACUGUUGACAAGCUAGCAUAGGAAACAAGGUUGCUUAAUCAUCACUUGCCCAGCCAGUCCACAUUGAAUCAUAUUGUCUGUCUCUAUGUGUAUCAGGAGCAGUUUGAUAAAUAUCAGUGACAGAUGCAAAGUGGACAAACUUCUAAAAUUGACUUUAGUAGGUGCUGCACCAAAAAAAAGUUGAAAACCUAAGACAGAAUGCAUGUGAUCUGUUAAUGUAUUUAUUUCUACUCUAUUAAUGAUACCAAUGCAGUAUUGACAGAAGAAAAGCAUUUUGUACUUAAUUUAGAGAGCUAUUUUCAAAUUAUAUUACUUUUAUUUUUACAAUGUUAUCAUUUUUAUCUACUUUUCUCAGAAGUACGGCCAUGGAGGUCAGUAGGAGAAACCAAUUUUUGACAAAAAAACAAAAAAAAACAAAACAAAACAUGUCACACAGUAAAGAAGCAGCAGCAGUUGCACUUAGCUGUAGAUCCCUUGCAGUAAGACAAGUAUCAGCCUCUCCCCUCAGAAACCAGUCUAACCAGACCUGUCAACCUGAACCCAGUGGCUCAAAGCCCUCACAGCAGUUGACCUUAACUGCCUUCAGUUAUUCAUGUUAUGCCGUAUGCAUGGGCCUGAAAGAGUAGAUAAUUGCAGGGAGAGCAGAUGAUGGUGCAAGCUAUAGGCGGAGGAAGAAAAAAAGCAGGACUGUUUGAACACAAGUUGAGUUAACACUUCCCUAAGUCAAAAUGUCUUUUUGAACAGACAGAACUGAUUGUUCGCCUUCUUAUUAGUUGUCUUUCAGGCUGUCACUCAGUCACAUAAGAGAGUUUUUGUUUUGGAAGACACACAAAUUCCAUUCACUUUCAUCGUCUAUCGUCUGCAAAGACAAUCUUCCAUCGGCAAGUUUGAAGGGCUAAAGCUGGCUAGAGCUGCCAAAGGAGCAGCCAAUGUAUACAGUUAAAACCUGUGAUCAUUGCCACCAAGUGAAAAAUGUUUUAGCUGCAAGCUGCAAGUGCACCUGUUUUCCAUGUGUCAUCCUUUUUCGUGUGAUUUCUAAAACUUUGGCAACAUGAAAACUGGUCAAACACUCUAAACUGUGAGCAAGGGUGAGCAAUUCCCAUAUGACACACCUAAGGUAGCUGGGAACUGGAGACAAGCGUGAGCUUGUUGAUCUCAUUCACCACUUCUAAGAACAAAGAGAAGGACUCAGAAACCUCCUUAAUUGGAGAUAUAACUGACAUGCUAAUGUAAUCUUUACAUUUCAUUAUGAAGGCCUUGGGCUACUUGUCAACUCCAGCUUCACUGAACUGUAGCUGUAGUUCAAGUUAGCUCUGACUGCAUGACCUUUUAAUGUAGGUCGUGGCAAGUCACAUGAUGAAGCUCAAAGGACAGAAGAAAAAUGUGCCAAAAUGGGAAUAACUUGAUGUCAUGUCUACUUUUUUUCAAUUUUACCACAUGAUCUUGUGUUUCAUUAAACUAUUUUUCAUUGUGAUUUCAAUCACCUCCAAACAGGGAGAUACAUACAGUAGAAAGAAUUGUGUCAAUGCUUUUCCUCUUUCUUUUUGUAAUAAAUUUCAAAAGAUUUACCCCAAAUAUUCCCAGAUACUUUGCUGUUAACUUUUACCCUUCUCCGUUUAGUCAACCACUUCCUCUCAAGAAAUGUGUUUGAAAUCUGUUGUGCAUUAAGGCUCGUUUGCAGCCAGACUAAUCGCUCGCUUGCAGUUCCCAACCACCGAAACCACUUUAUGAGUUAAACUAUAGUCCUAACAUCCCAAGUCAUAAAAGACAAGUCAGAAAGAUGAUGGUAGUAGAUUCUUAUCUGUAAAUCACCAUUGGUUUUAAGCUUGCUCCUGGUUCUGUGAAGAUAGAAAGCAUUUGUAUCUCUUUGUAGAUCUAUAAACAAUAGAUUUCUUUUACUUGCAUCACAAAAUAUGAUUAAAGAGAUCUCAACAAAUUUACCAGUGUAGACAGAGUUUGGAAUUUAAUGCAUUUUGGUCAGUAAUGGAAAGAGUUGUAACUGCCAAGUUAAAAAUAUUUGAGCUGUUAAAAAUAAUAAUUUAUGUUUAAAUUCAAAUUUGUGCAAUUAGGGGAAACAUCACUAUGUUUAUAAUUUAUAUAAUGAACUUCAAGUUAAAACAUCCAUCCGUGCAUCCUUCUAUUGCCUAUGCCUGCUUUUCUUUUUAAGGUCGCUGGACAGGGUUGUGAGUCCAUCAAGGGUCAGCACACACUCACUCAUAGCUAAAAACAACAUAGAAAAACCAAUUGCCAGAAAUGUUUUUGGAUUGUGGGAGGAAGUCAGAGUAUCUGGAGAGAACCCACACAUGGAGAACAUGCAAAUAC